CGGAUGUUGGACUCGCCGCAGGCCAUUGGGAAAUUGCCACCUGUUUAUUGGACGACAUAAUUUGGCGGUUGUACACUUACUAGACUGGAGGAGUGAGAAGGAGUGAGAAAACUUGCCUCGCGGACAUCUUACAACACAGUGUCGCUGUCGCCGUUUUAGUUGUAGUUCACCUCACUGUUAUGUUUUGAAGAUAAAACAAAAUUCCACUGAAACAAGAGGAAUGGACUUCGAGUUGGAGAAAGCAAUCACUGAUGCACUGAAGAGCAGAAAUCUGACAGCUCUGAGAGGAUUUCUGCAAAACAACACAAAUGAAGCACUCAAAUGUUCUGCACAGUUUCUCAAGAAAUUGGAUGAUCUUAUCACUUGGAGCUUGGAUGAAAAAAAUUUCAAUGCUGCCUGUGUAGCCUUUGCGGUCCUGCAUAAUUGUGGGAGGAAUCUGAAAUUUCCCACAGGCAGUCAAGGAAUAUCAGGAAUAAUAGAUCAAGGCUUGAUCCAGAAGAUGUUUCAGUGGUUGAACAAAUGCAAGCAACUGUGGAUUCAGCACGGCCCACAAAGGGAUAAAUCCUUGUGCAUCCUGUCACAGGACUUCUUUGAUGCUGUAACGAUGAUCCAUAAGGCAUCCAACGAAGCAAUGGUGGGAAUCCAAUCCUUCAUGUAUUCUGUCGGCCAGUUGGUAAACGAUGCCAGAGUUUGCAUCAUCGUCAGAAAAGAGGCAAUUUAUGCAUUGAACAUCAUUUUGAAAAAAAUCACAGUGUCACCUGAAAAGGAAACAAUCCUGACCUCACAGGAAGCUUCAGAUCUGAUGAUGAACCUGGCUGGUCAGAUAAUGCAGUGUGGGGAUUACGAUUUACAGGUUGCUCUGAUUGAGGUAUUAUUCCGAAUGACCACCCCUGACCGGAGAAAGAAGCUGGCGGCCCACUGGUUCAGCACAGCUCAAGUAGCCUGUGCCUUUGACCAAAUCCACCCUUCAGAGUUUGAGGCGGAUUGUCGAACGUUUCUGACCUUCGUGAAUGGAUUACAGGGAGACAGGCGAAGAGUGAAGUCGUACCCAUGCUUAGAGGUGUAUCUGGACAAUUUUAAGCUUUUGAAACCUGCUGACGACAAACUUGACCAAUUCUGGAUUGACUUCAAUCUUGACAGCCAAAGCAUUUCUUUUUAUUUCUCAUUUGCUGAUGAAAAGUCUCCGGCAGGUCUUUGGGAUUCAAUCAGUGUCCCAGAGAAUGAAAUUCACAGCUACACUGUUACAGCGAAGGGAACAAAACAAAUUUUACAGUUACAGCUGUGUGAAGUGGUCAUAGCAAGUAGCGUCAAAGGAUCAAGGAUCACCAUCAGCUUCUGCUCGACGUUGGACAUCCUGCAGACUGUUUGUUGCAUCUAUGGACAAAAAAAGAACAAAAGCGCAGUGGGAAAGGCAUCCUCUGUCUUCAAGAAACUUAAGAUUCUCAUUGAAGAGAAUAAGUCUAAGGAGAGUUUUGUCCCAGAGAGUCAGGUGUCCCUUGGCGACUGUGAUGAGAACACUGCCUCAUGUCUUGGAACUGCGCAGCAAACAUCUUUACAAAUCCCAGCCAGUGGGAUGCAUUCUGGGUUGACCGCCUUCAGAGACAACAGUUCAAAAGGGGGCAUACAUCAAUCAAACAGUCCAGCCGAGAACAAAGGGAAACCAUCUCUGGAGAUGUGUCGUACUUCUGAUAAAAACAAGAGUGCUUACCUGGCGGAACGAAAGACCGCUGAUGAAACCUUCAAAAUUCUCAGGACAGUGCAGAACAUACCGGUAAUAAGAGAACCACAAAGAAGGCUAGCGGGACAGAGGACAGACCAGUCUCAGGAGGGUUCUGUUGUGCCUGACACACAGCCUUUAACUGAGAGAAACACGGGUCAGAGGAAUAAACCCUCACUUUCGAAAAUACUCAAAAGGCAACCACCCAAAAAAAAUCCUCUGCCAAAUUCUGAACAAUGUUCAAAUGUCGCAAAGAAGCAAGAGCGCCCCUUAUCUGCCCAAGUGGCUACAGGCUCGAGUAAGGGAAAGCAGAUCCAUAGCAAACCUACUCGGCACCUGCAACAGAACUUGAAAGAAAAAAAUCCUGGUGGCUCAAAAGAUUUGGAGCUGCAUAUUCCCAAAGAGCUACAACCCCAGGGGAAACGACAUGACGAAACAAAGAGCAGAGGCAGGCAAUCUUUGGUGGCAGCUUCAACUGAGGCAUCUACAUCCCGCAAGGAAAGACAUUCAAAUAAUAAGGGAGCUAAGGAGGCUAUAGACAACAUGGUGAAAUUCAUCUCAAACCAUUAUAGCAAGACUAAUCAAUGCAAUGAGAAAGUUGGAAGCAUACAUCAGCGCUGGAUUCCACCUAACACCAGCAGUUUGCUUUCCACUGGUAAAAAAGAUACACAAGCAAAAGAGGUAACCAAAUACCACAGUAAGAUCACAUCAAACUGUCCAAACAAAAGAAAUGAUGUUUUCGAAUUUGGCAUUGAUGAAGAAUUCACCAUUGGGGAAGUGCAGAAUACAUUCCUUGGCAAAUGUGCCACAUCAAGCAAAGAUAUCCAUGACUCUUCAGUGAACCUUACCGCAUCCAGCAGAAAACAACAGGGAACAAAAGAGAAGCAUAAUGGAAGGAAGCAUCUCGUCAGUGGCAGAGACGAUACCAAUUCCGCAGAUGUCAGCUGGCUGAGAGAGUCAAGCGAGAAAGCCAAACUCAAAAUGACAUAUGCCAGAAAUCAACCAAUCAUAUCCAAAACAUUUCAGCCUCAUAAUUCAAAGAAAUUCCCGGUUGUGCACCAAAACACCCCAAAACAUGGAAAAAGCAAUGCAAGACUCAACAAGAAGGUAAUGGAAGUGUCAAAGAAUGACAUUCCAGAAACUGGCAGCGUACCCUUCAGUGGCAGACCCCGGCGAAGUACGGCCUUAGGCAAGACCUAUAAAGAGCCAGACACAGAUGAGAGCCUGUCAGAAUCUGAGAAGCCUCAAGCAACCAAGCAGGCACGUGAAAUUCCUCAACCAAACAAGUCCAGUGUCACAAAAGGUCAUGCCCAACAACAGACGCCAAAGUGUCCUCAUCCUAACCACAAGACCCCCGCUUCCUCCACCGAGAGGAUGCGAUUCUCUGACAUGUCCACCCAGACCCCGGAUUUGGCCUUCUCCCCUCUUGUCAACCUACCACUGUCUUCCUCAUCAAAGGCGAAAAGUAUGAACCAGCUCUCUUCACCUCCACUGUCCGUUUCGCCCCUGUUGACACCCCCAAAGCGGUCCCCCAUUUCCGCUUCUUCCCAUUCACAAUUAUCCGGAGCCACCAUGAAUCCUGAGUUAAAUUACAGCUUGAGUCAGGAAUCUGCUGUUUCUCAGGUUUCCCUCAGUCUGUCUUUUACCAUUGGAGUUCAGCAAAGGACAUUUGCCUCACAGGCUGUUUGUCAGAAAACAGAAAAAACACCACAAUCAAAUCAAGAUUCUCCUGAUACUCUUGCCUCAGGACCCAGUCGGAAGCGCCACAUCUCCCUGUCCAGUAAUUCUGAGGAGAAAGAGAGACCAAAAAGAAAGCGCCUACCGAGCAUGAAACCUCGUGUGCUAUUCAACUCGUGUGCUGAGGAGAACAUCGAAGGUGAGAUGACCACCUCCUUCUCGGUGAUGACAAAUCACGUGGACACAGAUUGGGCGAAUGGAGAGAUGGACUUGCAGGAUUUAGAGUUACCGGAUGUACGAGUUAACCUGAGUAAUCUGUCCCCACAACUCACCUCCAAACUAAAGACAAAGUUCCAGAUUCCGAACGGCUUUAAGUUAAUGGACAGUUAUUCCAAGGAGAACAUGAAGACGGUCGAGCAACACAUCUCCUCUCUCAGCACGCAACUUCACAAACACAGGACUCAGAAGUUUGAAGAUGUCAAGAAUGUCUUUCUGCAAGAGAUCCACAAUCUGGAGCAAGGGAAGGCUAUGCUUAAUAGCAUGGAGAAAAACCUGAAUAUAUGCUUGGAAAGGCAACGCACCUUUUUCCAGUCAUAUCAUGAGCAGGAAACCAAAAGCAUUGAGGUCCUGAGGCGAACUCUGAACGACAUGCGCUCGAGCCCUGAGUACGAGGAGCCGUUAUUCAUGUCCCAGAUGGCGCAGCUUAAAAAAGACAUGAAGUCAAUCCAAGAGCGCCUCCUCAGAACAAUGCAUGAGGAGGCCUUGGAAGGUUUGAGGAGAGGUCUGCGUGCCUGGGUCCUUGUUGAUUGAAGUUGAAGUUUAAAGUGCAAGCUAAGUGACACCAAGUUUCUGUAAUUAAGUAAAUAAAUAAGUCUUAAGUCCAAGUUAAGUUACACUGUUACUGUUUGGUAAUAUUAUAUAAGUGUUUAAUACCAGUGUCACUGCUUCUGUUAAGAUGCUAUAUAUAAGAUUGAAGUUGUUUUUGUUUCACAGAUUCUUGCAAAUGUAACUUUUUAAAUCUAAUCUUAGCUGUGCUGCACUUUUUUGGCGUGCAGUCAUUUUUGCGACAUUAAAUGAAUUGUUGUUCAGA